CAAUACGAAAGGGAAAGAAAGCACUACUUUCGUACAUCUCCGUCUCUCAUUUUUUCUCAACAGAAAAAUUCCAUUGCACAAAAUCGUACCUUUUCACCACAUGGAAAGGUUGUCCAUUGCAUCGACCACUGACCAACUCCSGAGCCCUAAUAUUGAUAACUUAUAAUUACAUGUUGCUAUAYCUGACGAUAGUAUUCCUGUUCUUCUAUAACACCAACGCGCACGGAAUCAUUAUGGACUUCACCCUGAACACAAUUUUGGGCGAUAGCGAUUGUGCAACGCUGUUGGCGAGGAGCCUUUUCUUUGUGUCGAGGGGCAAUCAAAAGAGACUCGCUCUGGGGGGAACAUGUGGUGAUCGAACAGCAAAUGGGAUGGAAAGAAAAACAGAUACGGAUGCAUGUGUGGUGAGCUUUCACGAGCGAACCUCCAAGAAGAGGGGCAACAAGUUGUUGGGAUCGGGGUUAUUUUCCGUUGUCAAGCAUCGCGACUCGCUGGUYGUAUUGGAGAACCAAAAUCGGCAACAGCACCUCAAGCACAUCGACGAUGACGACGAAACCGCCUCUACAGUUGACAUGGACGAGGAUGAAUUUCCGGUCGCCGCUUCCUCCUCCUCGAACCAUCGCGAGAAAAAAGAGAGGAGGUCGGUGCAGUUCGAAGAGGAGUUGGUGACGGCUGUGUACACGCGUCCCCGAACGACAAAGGAAGACAAAUACUAYCUUCACUACGACGAAUACGACUAUAUGGAUUUCAAGCUGGAAUACAGAGAUCAGUUGCUCCAGCAAAGAGAUCGGGAGAGAAAUUCCAAAGGAAGAAUUAGCAACCAACAACAACAACUGCCUUGUUACAGGAGGAGUCCCCGCAAGGUUUCCUUCAAGCGAGAAGUCGUUGAGAGUGUCCACCCCGUGAUGGAUCGAAGCCAACGAAAGAAAAUCCAGAAGGAUCUCUUCUACACGGAAGAGGAAAUGAGAACGUUCUUGGACGAGUUUGUCGUUUCCCUCCAAAAGCAACAACAGCAGCAACAACAAGUAGUGGUAACCUCGUGAUUGUCCAUGCAACGCAACACAGCGAUAUGAACGAGGUGUCAUUUACAGGCAUCACUGAAUGUCUCUUCGCAAGUGAAAACCAUUAUYAGUGGUUGCGAUCGAACCCUGCCUGUCUGCUACAAGAUGUACAGUACGAUCAGCGUAUCUUCCCGGCGGAUUAAAGAUUUCGAGAGCGAGGUGAACCACUCGGUGGCAGCCUUGGAUACGCAGCACGCGUUAUAUCUGCUCCACAACGAACGAACAAGUAUGCACUGUAUUGUUUUGUACAUGCCUAUAUAUUAUUGUAAGAGAUGACGAUGAUGAUGACCAUCCUGUGGGCACGUGGAGCCUGGAAAAAUCUAUGAUCAUCAGCAUUGGGCGAGCUACUAAGAAACGAAUAUUCACGGCUCAGCUGGUGGUAUUUCCGCACACCAAACAAUUCAACUCAAAAGUAGGUGAUGACACGAGACGAAGCAACACAUUCGUAGAUGGCUCCCAUAAGAAUCAAACCACAAGCCAAAUGCCUGUUUCUGUCACCCCCUUUUCACUUGAUCGAUGCCGAACGAAACACAACAACAACGCUACUGCCAACGCCAUCACACGAUGGACGAUGAUGGUUCGUUCGAUCGAUCGAUCAAUCAAUCACAAGAACGCAAACAACUUGCGAUUCAAAAUGUUUAUUAAUUAAUGCUAAAUAGUCUG